CCGAUUGCCAUUUCUUCGCUCAGCACUCGCCGGCUAUUUGGUCCCGGAACGAGUCCCUUUCAUUUAGUUCGCCAAUCGUCUUCCACCGCCGGAGCUGUUGGUUCCUUCAAGCCGCCACCGAGUAGAACAAGACUGCCAUGAAACCUCACAUCACGGCACCGCUAAUAACCUCGCCUACUUGAAGCCGCCUUUCCUCCGCCACCUCCUCCCGACGAGCUCGUGUUCAACUCCUACCUCUUUCUCAAGGUUGGAUCUUUAUUACUUCCUCAGUGGUCAGCACUAGAAUCAAUACACAUACAUAUGCAGUCAAAAUAGCUUGGAGAUGGGUAGUGAAUUCAUAACCGCCCACUCUGUCUCUAAUAUACAACAAGUUCGGAGUUUAUUCAAGCUCGCUUAUUUUACAUGACCGAGCAGAAUCUCGGUGGGAUUCCAGAGAUAUAAAUGAGUUAUUGUCAUCCAUUGAUGCGGUUAAGAAUGCUUGUUAGAAUCGCAUCAUUGCC